AUGAAUGAUUCCUGGGGUGUUGGUUCCGCUUACAAUCUAGUCCAAUUCAAGGGUCACGUCGUUCCUCUUAACCAAGCCAAUUUCCUCAAACUCUUUGGCUUUGUCAACAUCCCUUGGGCUUGGGGGAAGCAGGUUUGGGGCACGGAAUUGGAUGUCAUUGCACUCCGUGCUUUCGUCAUACCCUCCUCCCAGCCUCUUGUGGCUUGGCAACACAUCACUGGUUGGUCUAACUGGGCGGUCAACACCUUCCCUUUGGGCAGAUGGGCCAUUCAGUCAUCCUGGGAUAAAAUUGCGGGUAAAACUCUUUGUAACGCUCAAGUUCCUUGCAAUAAAACCAUCACCAAAGACCUCACCUGGCUUGCCAAUUUGCUCAAAGACUGGUCCGGCAGGAAGAUCCUCAAAAAAAUUUUCUGGAACCUCAAGCUCGCCUAUCUGACUUUCAUUGUCGACGCCUGCCCGACUGGUAUUGGUAUUUGGUGCCCAAAACUGAACUCAGCCUGGAGUAAAAAAUUCCCUCAUCCUUCUCGUGACAUUUUUUGGGCGGAAUUACUGGAUGUCAUAACCUCCAUCAACAUUGCUGUGACCCUUCCUUCCAAGCGCAUUGCCAUCUUCUCAGAUAACGCAUCCAUUGUUGCCCUAUUCAGCUCUCACAAACCAAUUGAUUCCGCUCGUCUUUUAUUCAGCCACACGGUUUCAGUCAUGCUGAAGAAUGAUCUCAAUGUCAAAGUCAGGCACAUUGCCGGUGACAACAACAAAAUUGCCAACGAUCUGUCUCGGGACAGAUUAACCAAAGCCAGAGGCUAUAUUCCCAGCCUUAACCACCAUUACCUCCCCCCCACGGAGCCUUCCUUUGACAGAGGUAUCAAACCACAUUACAAUUCUUCUCGUUCUAAUGCCAGCUCUUUGCAAAUCAACUAUGGUCAAGCGGAUGCCACUCUCUUUUUCAGAAAGAGAGGCCCUCAACCAAUUCCACAUCUCAAAGCAUCUCGAGCCCUCCACCAUCAACAAAUACAAAUCGGCUAG